GCGCUAUGUUGUGCAAGUCUCCUUUUUACCUUUUACCUUUUUAACUUUUCAGGGGGGAGUGGGAUAACUUAACCUUAAACUCUGACCACUCUUUUUUGGCAACAGUAAAAAGGCAUCAUUAGGAAUUCAUCUGUAUAUAACUAAAUAAGGGUAGACUAUGAACUUUAUAUAUCAACUCUCCUCCAGUUUUCCUGAAUGGUAACAUCAGAUUUUCGCUUUUCUACCCUUUUUCAAUUUCUCACAAAUAAGUUACUACCAGUAACAUCGAAUUAUUUGCGGGUUAGUGUUUUUGGAGUGCGACAAAACCAAAAUGCAAAAUUCCCAGAAAUGCAGUCAGGUUUGUCCCAAAAAAGCUACCUAAUUUCCUAUUGUUACACAGAAUUUGCCACUGUCUUUCACUUGCUUUAAUGGAAUUCUCUUUUUUGAUUAGAUUAAGGCCCUCAAUAAUGCUGGCCCAACCCAGCUGAGUGCCAAAGGCAAAGAGCCCUCUCCCACCCACACCAAAAGUAUACAACAAAGACAGCAAGGAAGCCAGAAACAUAGAUCCUUCCUUGUCACGCAACACAACACCAAUCAUUUCUUCCUCACCUCUUGUUGUAGAACCUUAAAAAAAAAAAAAAAAAACCCUCUUACCAGUAAAACCAUGAUAGUAGUAGUAUAGUACCAGGUUUGAUGUUUUUCCCAUCAACAGCAACAAAGAAUCUUCCGGAUUUUGCUCCCCAGCUCAUCUGCUGCUGAUCACAUCUGAAUAAGUGAAUAACCUCGGCUCCACAUUUCAUGCAUACUAUAGUCUUCAGGCACAGUGAUACUCUCUUUCUCUCUUUGCUUCUUUCCUCUAGAUUUUCUGGCUUCUACACUUCAACAAAGUAGAUUGUUGAUUCAUCGGUCCGUCACCAUAACGCGGAUAUUACUAGCUUCUUUAUUAUAAGCAUAAAUUGCAUAAUGUUUUGCUUUAUUAUCACCAACAGCUUUUCUUUUCUUUCGAGCCUAUCUCUGUUGCUUCUACUCUUAUCUUCUCAAUCUGUAAAUUCCAUCCAUAUUUGAUAGCAGAACUUAGUUUAAACGAACUGUUUCUCGAAAGGGAGAUUUUUUAUCCAAAGAUGGGCAGUGGAAAACAGAGGUGGAAAAUCUAUUUCCACAAGCCUUCAAAUCAAAAUCAUCCACCAAAAGAGUUCGUUUGUCCCAUUUCCGGCUCCCUCAUGGUGGACCCAGUCAUUGUUUCCUCCGGCCACACUUUCGAGCGCAACUGCAUCAACGCCUGCUUGUCACUGGAGUUUAAGCCCACCUUGCCCGACGGCUCCACUCCCGAUUUCUCCACUCUCAUUCCUAAUCUCGCACUCAAGGCUGCCAUCCUCAAUUGGUGCCACUCUACACUCUUUAGCCCUCCAAAACCGCUUGAUUUCUACUCAGCGGAAAAGCUUGUUCGCUCGUUAAUGCUUUCAUCUAAACCCAAAACUGAAUUGAUCAAGAAGCCGGUUCAAUUGUCCGUCGUUGUUGCAGCAGAGGCUGGAUUGACAAGGGCGGCGAGCCGGGAGUCUACAAGUUCUGAAGAAUCUGUCACCGCUGCUGGAACCCGACCCGCCACUCCUCUGCCUUUAACAACCCGUCCUUCUUGUUACUCUUCUUCGUCGUCCUCUGAUAUUGAGGGCUUGAAUCCACACUCUCUGGAAGAAGAUGAGUUUGUAGCCAAACUGAAGAGUUCUCAAAUCUUCGAACAAGAAGAAGCCCUGGUUUCUCUGCGGAAAAUGACCCGGACCCGGGACGAAUUACGGGUCCAUCUCUGCACUCAUCGGCUUUUAUCAACGAUCCGGCCGUUAAUCACCUCGAGAUACGGUUCCAUACAGGUGAACGCUGUCGCGUCGUUGGUUAAUCUAUCGUUAGAGAAUCAAAACAAGGUGAAAAUGGUCCGGUCAGGAAUCGUUCCCCCUUUAAUUGAUGUUCUAAAAGGAGGGUUGCCGGAAUCGCAGGACCAUGCCGCCGGCGUGCUGUUUAGCUUGGCACUUGAGGAACAGAACAAAACAGCAAUUGGGGUUUUGGGCGCUUUGCCUCCACUUCUCAACGCGCUGCGGUCGGAGUCGGAACGGACAAGACACGAUGCCGCUCUGGCACUGUAUCAUCUGUCGUCCGUCCAGAGUAAUCGGGUCAAACUGAUAAAACUCGGGGCGGUGCAAACUCUGUUGGGUAUGGCAAAAUCGGGUCACAUGACGAGUCGGGUACUGCUAGUGUUAUGCAAUUUGGCUGUCAGCUUUGAAGGCCGGGUGGCCAUGCUGGACGGUGGAGCGGUAGAAUGCUUCGUGGAGAUGCUGAAAAGGGAUGAAUUCGACUCGGAAUCGACACGGGAGAGCUGCGUGACGGCUCUGCUUGGGCUGAGUCACGGCGGGUUGAGGUUCAAGGGAUUGGCAAAGGAUGCUAAUGCGGAGGAAGUUUUGAAGAAGGUGGAGGAAACGGUGAAGGAACGAGGGAGAGAGAAAGUGAGGAAGAUAGUGGAGGUGCUGAACGAGAAAGACGAAGAGGAAGAGGCGGUGGAUUGGGAAGAGUUGCUCAACUCCGAUGGUGAUACGGCUUCCAGUAAAGCAUCCACUAGGUCACGUGUGCAGCAGCAGGGCAAUACUACUGAUUCGUGACAAGAUUUGAAGUUUUGAGUUUGACUUUUUCUCCUUGCUCCUUUGAAUAAAUAAAACUACAUUUUUGGUGUUCAAUAGGGAGAAAAAAUGAAAACUAAUCUCUCCGGUCAAAGUCCAUAAUUGAGACGGUGAGAUUUGGGAAGGUUGGUUGUAACUUUGUAAAUUGCUUGUAAGGUUUGACUCUUUGUUUUUGUGGGGAGGUUGGGCAAAGGUUGUUUACUGUCUUUAGCAACUGAGUGAAUAUUGUUUUGUGAUUGGCGUGUAAGCAACAAACUAUAAUGCGUGUUGUUUAGAUCAAUUGCUUGAGGGUUUUUUUUUUCCUUUGUGAAGGACUAGGUUUAGUUACUAGUUAGUACUUAUAUCGGAGAUAGUAGAAUUUGUCCACCUCUUUCUCUCAGUCUCAGGGAUGGAUUGAUUCCGUUUUAGGCAAGAGCAAUGAAUAAUCAAACUUGGAAUGUUAGAGAUCUUUUUCUUUUUUUUUUUUCACCCCCACUAUAUAUACUGUUCGUUGUCAAAUCAGAAAUGUGUGUGUUUCUGUUAGUAAGUUGAGUUGUGAGCAUCUAUCUACUCAUUUGUGCUAUACUACCAGAGAGUUCGUUAGUGGUAGUCGUAAUACAAUGUAGUAUUUGGUCCCAGUCAUUGGUUGUUACCUAGAAUUACGGUGGGAUUUGAUAGGCUUUAAUCAAAUCUGUCUGCAUUAAUGUCAACGUGACGAGAAUCAUUUAAAUGUUCAAAAUCUUCGUGCACCUACCACCUGUGAUUCCUCUUCUAACAAAAAAACCCUGUGUAAUUUUAGGAAACACCUGAAACUCCCAACUCUCCAGUCUGGCACCUGAAACUGUCUAAAUUGCCAUAAAUUAAAACCGGUGCUUCUUUACUGAUUCUUGAACAUUCUGACUUUUUUUUUUUUUUUUCCAAAGCUUGCUACCGACUUCCCUCUCCGUGGAGAAUGAUUUUGAAACACAGGGACGGGAGCAGAUUGGAAGCAUACAAAUUUCCUUAAUCAGCUCCCCCUUUAAUAUGCUUGUUGAUAUUCAAAUCUAGUCAGUCCACGUCGCUAGGAUUAGCAGAUCGAAGGGGCAUAUUCUUAAUCCCAGUUGGCAAUUGCCAAUUUUAUUUGUCUGCUGAAAGAUUCUAACGCGUAGGAACACCCAAAAAGCUCACAUGUCUGAUUCCAUUUUUCAUAUGGGGUAGGCCUAAUUGCCUGUUCACAUUGUUUUCAUCAUUCUUUAUAAUCGUCGAUUCAACGUAGAAGCAUCUAAUUUCUUCCUCAGGACACAUCAGGAGCUUUCUCAACAUUGCUCGCCAGCGUUUUGAAUAAACAAACCCCUGGGGGUCCUAAACUGAGACAAGACUAAAGCCCCGAAUAUGAUAAACAAACCACCGCUCAUAUAAUUAGUAGUACUAAUUCAAAGGAUGCAGAUAAUUGAGUCUCAAAAAGUUCAUCUCCCUCCAAUUUUUGCAGGCUCACAGCACACCAGUCACACACAAUCCCACAACCCAAUCCCAAACAUACAACAAAAUGUCUCUACAUACCGUCCACAACCCCACCAGAGAAAAGAGAAGUCUUCCUUGGCCUGAAUAUACAAGGUUGCAAUCUGGUCUUAUAAAGCUACUAGAAAGCAUAGCAACUUUUUUCAGCUGAACACCAUCAAACAUGAGUACAAAAAUUGCAACCAUCAAAACAAUAGAAAAUGGAGCUCCGAAAGCAUUUCUUCACUUUUCUGUUCUUGAUUUGUAUUAGUAGUAGUAAGUAAUAUCAUACACUCACAAAAUAAUUAACAAUCACUCGUAUACAUGAAUAUAUCCCACCAACACAUCCCGGUCUCAGAUAAAGAAAAAAGUUAAUGGAAAAUGAAACAAUAUGUAAUCAAUUCUCAACAUUUGUGAAUCGAUAAUAUCAGUGAUUGAAGGCAUCACAGCGGCGCCUAAUCUCACCUAGCUUGCCGGUGAGGACACCAUACUCGCUCAGCUUCAUCAUUGCUUUCUUAAAAUCCUCAAAGAAGAGAUCUUGAUUCCCAGCGUACCUCUUCACAUGUUCCGUCAUGUUUGGAUGCGCAAACAUUGCCCGGUCUGAAGACAAAAGCCCCAAACCCUUUGGCAAGUUCUGGUAAUACACAUUGUCGAACUUGUUCGGAGUCAUUAUAUCAUUGAACACCGACAAUGUGGGAUUCUGCUUGUAAUUUCCACAGGCAUUUCUUAGUGCCUCUGCGAACCUGGGGUUGUAAGUGGGAUCCCGCUGCAUCGUUUUGCUGUAACUGUAAAUGUUUGAGCUGAAUUCUUUGCAAUGGGAGAAUCCGAUGGUGUGGGCUCCGGAAAGCGCCACCACUUCUUGCUCGGAAAAUCCUCGUUUCUUGAAAAUGCUGAGGAUUUCGGACAUGCUCAUGGUGGGCCGGGGGAGAUUUCCUUCGACGGCGGACGCUUUGGAGGUCAGUCCAUCUUUCCGGCCAAGCCUAACCGGAUAAUAAGGGCCGCCGACCAUGACGACGAGGUUGCGGGUGGCGACGGCUAAAAUGUCGGCGCAGGAGACCUUACCGGGACAGGCUAGCUCGAGGGCGGCCUUGGCCCGGAUGACCACAUCGAAGCCGUCGCCGGGGAGGGAGAGAUUGAUGUCGGCGUCGCGUUCGGCCUUGUUGAAGGCGGUGGAGGAAAUGAGGACGGAGGCGUCGCAGCCUUGAGGGAGGCAGUCGUGGAAGAAGACACGGAGGGUGGCGGCGGCGGUGGUGGGGGUGCUGAUCUGUUUGUUGGUGGUGACAUCUUGCAUAAUCUGCUCAAAUCUGGGGCAUGUCUGGGCGUAAUAACUCUCGGAGAGCUUGGAAACCGAAGGAGAAAUGGAGAGGGCUAACACCAGUGUAAACAAGCUUAAAGCUACAGCAUUAUUAGUCCCCAUUACUGAAAAUGAGAACACCACCUCUCUGUUUUCUGACUAGAUUGUGUUUAGAGAGAGAAAAUAGUACCACUACCUGAAGAGUGGAGUUUGUAUUAAACCACUAGACUAGAUUUAGAGAGAGAGGGCAGAGGUUGAAGAUGGCGAAAAAGUUGAAUUUACUAAAAACAACGGCUUCCCUUGGGAGGUGGAAAUUAACAGUGUUUAGUGUUUAAAUUAACUGGAAAAUGCUCCGGUGUGGGAGGUGGGGAGAGACUAUAGAGAGAGAGAGAGAGAGAGAGAGAGAGA